AUGGGGAGUGGAAUUAGCUCAGAGAAUAAGGAGUCGGCCAAAAGAUCCAAAGAACUGGAGAAAAAGCUUCAGGAAGAUGCUGAGAGAGAUGCAAGAACUGUAAAGUUGCUAUUAUUAGUUUAUAUAAACUUUAAUGAAGACCAACGGCAACUUUGUACUAUGGCAAAUGCCCUGGACGACGGUGGUAUGACACCUGAACUGGCUGAAAUAAUAAAACGACUGUGGAGAGAUCCAGGAAUCCAGGCCUGCUUUGAAAGGGCCUCAGAAUAUCAGCUUAAUGACUCGGCAGCUUACUACCUUAACGAUUUAGACAGAAUAACAGCUCCUGGGUAUGUUCCAAAUGAACAGGAUGUUCUACAUUCUCGAGUGAAAACCACUGGAAUUAUUGAAACUCAAUUCUCCUUUAAAGACUUGCACUUCAGGAUGUUUGAUGUAGGUGGACAACGAUCAGAGAGGAAGAAAUGGAUUCACUGCUUUGAAGGUGUGACAUGUAUCAUAUUUUGUGCUGCGCUCAGUGCCUAUGACAUGGUCCUAGUGGAGGAUGAAGAAGUGAACAGAAUGCAUGAAAGCCUUCACCUCUUCAACAGCAUCUGUAAUCACAAGUAUUUUGCAACCACCUCCAUUGUCCUGUUUCUCAAUAAAAAAGACCUCUUUCAAGAAAAAGUAACCAAAGUGCAUCUUAGUAUUUGCUUUCCAGAGUACACUGGACCAAAUACAUUCGAAGAUGCUGGGAACUACAUCAAGAAUCAGUUUCUAGACCUGAAUUUAAAAAAAGAAGAUAAGGAAAUCUAUUCCCACAUGACCUGUGCUACAGAUACCCAAAAUGUCAAGUUUGUGUUUGAUGCAGUUACAGAUAUAAUCAUCAAAGAAAAUCUGAAAGAUUGUGGUCUUUUCUAG